UUGUUUAUUUAAUUUAAACCAAGGAUAUUAGGGACAUUUUACCCUUUAAUGAAUGUCAUUUUUGUGACUUUCUCCUUCUAGUGCUCUUUUUGAGACAUAAACUUCAAAAGGUGCUAUUAUUGACAAUUGCCCAGUUUUUAAUCCUUGUAAAUUGUAACUAUGGUUUAAUUAUAUUAUCACCAGUGGUAUAAAAUAGAUGUUUAAGCUCACAUCACCAGACCAUUAGCUUGCAAGAAAAUGAUAUAAUACGUGUGGUACAGUUGACCAACGUGGCAUAAUAUAACUAAAGCAACUGGCUGUCACUAAACAAUUAGAUAACGAACGAGUCGCUCUGCAGGAUUCCGUCUGUCAGGUAGAGUUUACAUCACCAACCUGUCAUAUCACAAAAUACAGGACCCACACUCGUGUGUGUGCCUCGAGACGUGUUCGAACGAUCGAAUAUUAAAACGUUGAAGUUGCACUGCGUGCGUCCUCUAUUUUCGAAUCUGCUUCUUCUUCAAUCCCCUUCUCUCUCUCUCUCUUUGAAAGAUGACGACUGUUGAGAAUAUGAGCUCAGUUCCGGCGUCGGAAGACUCGGAGUUCGGGUUCAAGAGGCCGGAGAUGUACAGCACCAACAUCGCUAACUCCAUAACUUCGUACGGUCGCCAUGUUUUCGUUCUCUACAAGACUCCUGAAGCUUGGAUCUCACACGUCGAGGAGGAAGGUUUGCCUCAGAGGUUCGCUACGUUGCUCAAGGAUCGCAAAUCGGAUCUCCUUGUUCAGACUAAGCUGAAUGUAUGCGAAGGUGGUGGAUCUGAUGGAGAUGUGUUGAUUUUUCCUGAUAUGGUUAGAUACAAGGGGAUUAAGGAUACUGAAGUGGAAAGUUUCUUUGAAGAUGUGCUUGUGAAUGGGAAUCCAUGGAGAUCUGGGAGAGAGGAAAAGAUAUCUGGAACAUUUGUGUUCGUGUGUACUCACGCUAGUCGAGACAAGAGAUGUGGUGUUUGUGGACCGGUCAUCUUAGAGAGGUUCGUGCAGGAGAUUGGCUCUCGUGGACUAUCAGACCAAAUCUCUCUCAAGCGAUGCUCUCACGUUGGACAGCACAAGUAUGCUGGUAAUAUAAUCAUCUUCAGUCCUGAUUCUGCUGGAAAGAUCUCUGGCAAUUGGUAUGGGUAUGUAACUCCUGAUGAUGUUCCUGAAUUGCUUGACCAGCAUAUUGCAAAAGGAGAAAUCAUUCAAAGGAUUUGGAGGGGACAAAUGGGCUUAGCUGAAGGUGUAGCUGAGAAAGAGCAUGAACAGAGAGUGGUGCCGAACGGUAACCCUGUAGUUGAGAAUUUCACAGGAGGGUGUUGCCAAGGAGCAAACGGCAGUGUUUCGUGUUGCCAAAACGAAAACCCAAAGCCAGAGCCAGUCAAGAAAGAAGGAAAGUGCGCCAUAUGGUUCCAGCCUCUUGACAAAGAAGAGAUGUAUCUUGGAGCAGCCGUGGUUGGAGCCGUUGCAACUUUAGCCAUGAUUGGUUACACCUUUUUCAAGAGGUCAGGAUAAAGAACAACCUAACCUUACGCUUCUUACUUGGCUAUUUGAUUCAAACAGAAGUUUUGUUUAUGUUUUUUUUUUAUCUGUCAUUUCAUACCAUUUAAGAAACAUACAAACCUUUUUGGUUUCUGGGAGUUUUUUUUUUAAUUCUCUUCUUUUAUGUAGUUUUCAUUAUCUUCCACUUUGUGGUUGUUCUUUGUAUUUUGUGGUUUGGUGAAAAUUUUCUUGAUGGGCCAUAUUGUAUCUGAAUGAUAUCUUUUUUUUUUAUAUGGGGCAACUUCUUGGGACUUAAUAAAACUUUGAUUUGGUUUAA